AUGUGGAAACUCCCCUACCUUCCAGUGAAGUUCGAUCCUACUGAAUUAAUAGGUUCCCUGAAGCCAAUGGCUCCUUUGGAGGAGGUGGUAUACCUCCAUUUUCUAUGUGAAGUGUGGCGACACCAAUCUGCUCGCGGGCCUGCUCCCUGGCCCCGUCGGAGCGGAAAAGGUGGAAGAUCGAAUUGCGAUGACGAAGCGUUCGAUGGUGCCGUCCUCGGGUACAAGAUGGAGAAUAUUGAUUAUGGCACCGAACUUGCCAACGGGGAGCACAUAAGGAUAGCGAGAGGGGGAGAUGGGGCAAUUAUGGCACGCAUGAUUGUGCGAGUGAAGGGCGUUAAGUGA